AUGUUAGGCUUCUUUAGGUUGUUUCAUUUAUUUUUAAGUUUACAAUUUGUUUUUACAGCAGUGUCUUGUAGUAGCUACAUUCGCGGGACCACUUUGAAUAGAGCAGUAUUGACUAGUUGGUAUAAUGAGUUAUCAUCAGCUGUAGAUAACAUAUGGUCGAACGUGACAGUAUGCCUAGAAGAUACUGAGUUAGUGGUCUAUUUCAGCGAACCCAAGAAAACACUUAACGGUAGUGAAACCAGGCUGGCUAUAAGACCUGUAAACACUAAGUACAAGUUCAUGGUAUUGUAUUCAGAGGGUGAUUCGCCACCUGAGGAUUGCUUUAACCCAUUCAUUGGCGGUGCGACAUUUGCUGGUAGCGAUGUCAACACUACGAAUGGUGGAGUGAAUGAUAACCAAUUAACGUAUAUCAACUCGUACAUCCCCAAUAAUAUCACUGACACUACGUUUACGUAG